UACUUAUACACCUCUCAAAAGUCUCCAUUUAUCAGGGGUAAGUACAAAAAAUGAACGAAUGAAGUGCAGUUAAGUUUAAUGUGGUAAUGAACGGCUGUGGUUGUCCUGCGUCGCUGCGUUUCAUUGUCGGCAUGGGGACGGUCUUGCCAACGCUUGAUGUCAAUACGGCACUACUCUGCUUCACAACAUAAGACUUGUACCGGACAGCACACCUCUCUAAACUACGCGCUGGUGAGGCAACACUAUGAGGGCGGCAGCUGUGGUGGUGGUGGUGGUGAUGGCCGCCGCUUACUGGACCACAGGAGAAGCCUUGAAGUGCCAGCAGUGUAACGGGGAGGACAACGCGUGUAGAGAUGCUAACAUGACCUCGGUGCCAUGCGGGGGAACGUGCUACUGGAAGAUGGACAUAACGCGCGACUUCGACGUGCGCCGCUGCCACCCGUUCUUUAUGGCCACUAAGAUGAUGGGUAUGAACAACGACAUGGAGGACGAAUGCUACUGCAACUAUAACGACUGUAACGGCGUCGACUGCUACCCCAGCGGCCCUUAUAACUCCUCUACUUGUCCCUCCCUUGCUCUUCUUCCUAGCGCUCUCCUCCUUUUCCUCCAGCUGCUGCUCCGGCCGUGAGGGACUGAGGAGCGGAACAUUAUCUUGGUUGUAUAGUGAGACGAGCAGGAGUGUUCUGUCUUGGUCAUUUCUAUCUUUGAAAUAUGUUUUCUCAUGUUUUUCCCCUUUCAUUUUCUGGCUAAUCUUGUCAGAUUUUUUCUUCUUUCACGUAGUUUUCUUUCUGCUAUUUCUUAUUAAUCUUUUCUUUUUUACUACU